AUGCCACCAGCAAGGAGAGAGCCGCGAUACACGGUGCAGGAUGUUAUUGACCUGGUCCAAAAUGGAGAGAGUGAGGUUGAGAUUGAAAUCAGUGACACAGAUGAGAGUGAUGAAGACUCCGAUGAAGAUGUCUGUAAAGAAGUGGACAAAGAAAACCAACCACCCAUGGUCUGUCCAGCUGAUAAUUACGUGGACAUCGAGCCAAAAACAAGGAAACACACCAUGCCCCGUGACAGGAAGUCCUUCCACAGCAUCAAUGUGCAGGUUGUAUGUGAUGCCAGAAAUAUCAUCACCCAAGUGGAGGCAAAGUGGCCGGGGUCUGUGCAUGACGCACGCAUAUUUCGGGAGUCUAAUCUGAGCACUCGCUUUGCCCGUGGAGAGUUCGACGGUCAUGUUUUAGGUGACAGAGGGUACCCCUGCCAGCCUUGCCUUCUGACCCCGUAUGCCGAUCCCGUGCCAGGACCACAGCAGCGCUACAACCUGGCGCAUAUGAGGACGAGAGCCAGGGUCGAAAACACGUUCGGGAUCCUGAAGGCAAGAUUCCAGUGCCUCCAAAUGCUGCGAGUCACACCAGAAAGGGCAUGUGACAUAAUAAUUGCAUGUGUGGUUCUACACAACAUCGCGAUUUUGAGAGGGGAAAAUUGCUCACCUGCAUUUGCAGAUGAGCAGCACAUAAACCCAAACCAUGCCAUGGAUCCACAGGACGGAAGGGUGGUUAGAGAAAGACUCUGCCAAAAUCAUUUUGUUUGA